AUGAAGCUGCGCAUUGGAUUAAUCGUCGUUUGUGCUAUUCUCGGCAUUGCUGCAAGUGAUGGUGCUCCUAGUGACGGCGAAGGGACAGUCAAUCCGUCCUCGUGCAAAAAUGUUUCAUCGAGUGUAUCUGGAACGUAUCUGAUCCGUUUGAAAAAUGAUAGCGAACCGUUUGAAGUGUAUUGUGAACAGAAAUCGUUUGGUGGUGGGUGGAUUGUAAUACAGUACCGUUACGACGGAUCACUGGACUUCUACCGUGGCUGGAAUGAGUACCGCGAUGGUUUUGGUGAUUUAAACAAAGAGUUCUGGUUGGGUCUUGAGAAGAUCCACCAACUAACAACUAGCCGUAAGCACGAACUGAUCGUCGAAUUGAAAGAGUUUAAUGGAACAUACAGAUAUGCGCGGUAUGGUGACUUCGGAAUAGGAAGUGAAAGUGAGAAAUACGUCUUGAAGAAAAUAGACAAUUAUAGUGGCACUGCAGGAGAUCGAAUGUCCUAUACACAGCAUUCAAAGUUCUCAACCAAAGAUCAGGACAACAAUGGUUACUCUAUAGAUUGUACAGUGGAACGUGAAGGUGCAUGGUGGUACGACGAUUGUAGCCAAGCGAAUUUGAACGGACGAUACAUGAACGCUGAGGAUCGAAAAUCGAUGUAUUGGUGGAGAUUCCGUUACGAUAAUCAAGGGAUGAGUUAUUCCCGUAUGAUGAUCCGAGAGGUGGAAUAG